GCUACGGAAGGAAGGGCCAAGAACGUUGCUACCGGUAGCUCUUUGGGUCAAGCGCCUUAACACUCGCUGUUUCCUUUUCUCCGGGGGCCGGCUUGGCACAGGGGAGGCAAUGCCCCGCUAUGCCCAGCUGGUGAUGGGGCCUGCGGGGAGCGGGAAGAGUACCUAUUGCUCCAUCAUGGCCCAGCACUGCGAAGCCCUCAACCGCUCCAUGCAGGUGGUCAACCUUGAUCCUGCAGCAGAACGCUUUGACUAUGACGUCAUGGCAGAUAUCCGAGAGCUGAUCGAAGUGGAUGAUGUCAUGGAAGAUGAUUCUCUCCGGUUUGGCCCCAAUGGUGGCUUAGUUUUUUGCAUGGAAUAUUUCGCAAACAAUUUUGAUUGGCUGGAAGAAUGCCUUGGCCACGUGGAAGACGAUUAUAUCCUUUUCGAUUGCCCAGGUCAGAUUGAACUCUACACGCAUUUGCCAGUGAUGAAACAGUUUGUAGAACAGCUGCAGCAGUGGGAAUUUCGUGUCUGUGGUGUUUUUCUCGUGGAUUCUCAAUUCAUGGUGGAAUCUUUUAAGUUUAUUUCCGGUGCGAUGGUAGCCCUCAGUGCGAUGGUUUCCUUAGAGAUUCCCCAAAUUAACGUCAUGACUAAGAUGGACCUGCUGAGCAAAAAAGCAAAAACUGAAAUUGAAAAAUAUCUGGAUCCCAACAUGUAUUCUGUGCUGGAAGAUACGACAGAUUUGCUCAAAAGCAGGCAGUUUAAGAAGCUGACCAAAGCUAUCUGUGGCUUGAUCGAUGACUAUAGCAUGGUUCGCUUCCUGCCUCUUGAUCGCUCCGACGAGGAGAGCGUGAACAUCAUACUCCAGCACAUCGAUUUUGCCAUUCAGUACGGGGAAGACCUGGAAUUCAAAGAACCAAAAGAAUCAGAAGAAGAGCAAUCUUCUGCUUUCGAUGAAUACUUCCAAGAUCGAGUGGACGAAUGACGGCUUUCGAUUUCAUUAAAAUUUCUGCACACUGUAUUUCGAAAUUCACAAACUGUUGGGUGAUUCUCUAGGAGCAAUCAAAGAACGGGGCUCUCUUCCCACAAGAACAUAUAUAAGGCCACAUAGUUUUAUUUUUGGAAGAAGUUAAGUAUGCAUUAUGAAAAAUAAAUUAUUGUGUUUCGUUUUC